AUCUAAAAUGAUACACUGAAAACUAUCAAUAUUUAUCGCAAUAGUUGCUUGCAAUAUCAAUAGUUAUCGCAAUAGUUUCUUUCAAUAUGUAACUUCUCUCACAAAAUAAAGCAAGCAGAGCCAAGUAAGCUAAGGCUAUUGUUUGCUUCAGAACAGUCAACAUACUGGCCCUUUAAUCAAGACAAUACCUUUAAGAUCCAACAAUUGCCCAAGUCUCAGGGUUGUACAAGUAACAGCGCAACAGUAACUCGCAAUAUAUGAUACAGCAAUGUUUCACAAUGAAGUCAAAGAUUAUCUUGACCUUUGAUGGACAUCGCACCAACAAUAGAUGUGGAAGGAUUUGACAAGAUACAUGCAAGUAUAAAGUUUCAUGCCUGUAGAAAGGGCACACUCAAUACAGCAGCAGAUAUCCAGAAAUGGCUGCCAUCUAUCAAGAAAGAAAUAGAAUUUUGUGUAAAGCAAAGUAUGGUAACAUGCUACCCAGAGGGAACUGUGCAGGAGUUCUUAAGUCGUGUGGAUAAACUCAAGGGUGAAUAUAGAGCUUUUAUCCGACGUCUUCGGGAGGUAAACCCAAAUCUACAAGCCACUCCAUGGACUGACCGCCCAUAUGCUGGCCAGAAGAGAGGUGCAGUCCGACUGUCUGAUGAGUCAUCUGAUGGAGUGGCUGCUGAUGCUGGUACUGCUAGUAAAAGGUCUGCCUUCCAGCCACUCACAACCCCUAUCUUAGACAGUGACGACAGCUUCAGACAGGAGUAUGGCCAUGUGGAGAGUCCACAGAUUAUCUACAGCGUGAAUACGGACCUACAUGACCAACCACUUGUUUUUUGCAAGGCAGGUCAAAGAUAUGGAGGGAACGAGAAUGGCUUGGUACAGUGUCCCCAUGGAGGGGAAGGUGAUGUGCGAACUUGUGAAACAGCUGAUGCAACUUCCCAGGGCCAGCUGGGGCUGGAGGACUCUUGGCAGUGUAACCAGGCAAGACAUGAUGGUGAAGAGACCAAAUGCAGUGUCCACAAUUCAGUGGUUGCUACAUGCAACAAUGUCCAGGCAGCGAAUGUCACACCAGGCAGCAUUCCAUCUCUCAAUCUGCCCUAUUCAGACAGUGAGGACAGCAGUGACUAGGCGUAAGCUGAAACUGAAUACAAGAACCACCCGUAUCAGUUCACUAUAUUCAUAGCACAUGAUAACAUCUUUUCCAGCAAGAGUUCAUUCUGAUUCAUAGUCAAGUCCUAUAUUUGAACUAUAUCAAGGGCUUGCUCAUAGUGAGAUGGAGAUUGUGACAUCACUUCCUCAAUGAAGAUUUGGCGGUGUAUGGGUCCAGGGAGUGUAUAUCAAAAUGGAUUCAAGAUAUAUAAAUACCCUGGAUACUUGAGGAUGGGGCCUAACAUAUUGGUUUUCUAUGUACCAGGUAAUUUGAUUUUCAACCAGGAAUAACCCUCUUGACCUUGGUCAUGACAGCAGGUGUGUAUGUAUUCAUGGCCUUUUUGAAACCAUAGCAGCAGUUUUGUGGAUACUUAGGAAUGAUGAUCAUGCCAUUUGUGUACAAAUGGUCUCUACCAGAGCAAUGAGCCUAUUAAUUAAAUAAUCUCAUUUGAUUGACUGAAUAUGAAACGGGCAAAUGUACAAGCAUAUGUGAGCAAAAGACAUUACAGGCUCUGAAGGGACUUGAAAUAUGAGAAUAUCUGUUUUUCAGCAACUGCUUGAUAAACAACUUCCUUAAAAAGACUAAAAAAACUGAAAAUAUCUUUGAUCUUCUGCUGUCAUGUUGUCUGUAUUAUAAUCUAUUAGCUUUUUCUACUGUUUUUCAAAAAACAGUGGAUGGGUUUGUUGGAAAGGAUUUGUUUCUGAUGGCAAGGGGGCUCAAACUGUGGGAUGGAUGAGUUCAAGGGUGAUGGAUGACAAGUACACAUCUACAAAAGGGAGGUAGUCCCCCGGGCAUUUCCCUUUUCAAUGUAUAAUGUAUUAAACACAUAUUAAUCAAACAGCAGAAUAUGAAUUAUUGGAUAGACAUUUCUUAAAAGUUGAUGGAUAACAAAGGUGACAAAAAUGUUUUAUGAAAUGUACAAUAAAGAAGUUGUUACUCCAUAAAACAUUUUUGUCUACUUCAGCAGAAUUUGGUUUGAAUGGAUACUGGGCCUGUGAUAUUUUGCUUAAAGAGCACGGAGCCAGAAAAGAAAGAUGGUACUGGGGUGUGGAAAAUCUAUGCCCAACUCGUGACGUAGGAUCGCCAGACAAGCAGAAAAAAAUCAGCUUCAGUUGUUCAUGGACAACCUUAAAAUUUAGGAGACCUUUAGUCAGUUUUGAUAUUCAUAAAGUACUAAAUACAGUUUUAUAAAGAACAUAACCAUCGCGAGUAUGUAUUGAUCUGAUAUCCAUUGCACUUUAGGACAAGCACUCUGAUUGGCUGAUCAGUGUGCAAUGUAACACAAUAAGAAUUCAUGGCAGGACGCACUGGCUGCUUAAAACAUGAUUUACAUUUAAAUUGGGCCUAGAAAUGAACAAAUUCAUUCUUUGUUGUUUGGAAAUACAUGUUAUAUUUUGUGAUAAAACACCAUUUGGGGCAAUAAGUAGACUUAAUGCCCUGAAAGUGACUAGUAUCAGUUGUUGGACUACCUAUUUGUGGAAGCCUCAGUGACAGAGUGGGUUAUAUCACUAUCAUUGUGUGCUGGUGAUUAGGUGACUCACUCUGGGAAUGCAUUGUUUAUUCAAAGUUAUUUUUACUCUAUAGUUGUCAAGGGACAAGUUUAAAAAUUUGAUAUUUCCACACCCCUGCUAGCAUGCAUUAUUUGUGAGUGAGGAGGUCCAUCUAGUAACAUGGAUCUUUUGCUUUGUAUUCCUUUCAACAAUGACUUCCAAGUUCAUCACUGGUCGCAAAAAACACUGACGAGCAAAAGAAAUUGUUCCAAAAAAAGAUUUAUUAAAAUUGGGAUUCAAACACAAAAUAAUAUCACCCAAAUCAUGUAAAACAGAAAAUUAGAAAUUCAACAGACACAAAUGCAGCUUGCUUUAGUUCACUGAAUUCCAUGGGAAAUUACCUUUACUUACCAAUAUUGGAAAUCCACAAGAUUGAUGUGGGUAUAAAAACAGCUCACAAUAUUCUUCAGUGCAUAAGGAACACAGAAAUUAGUGCCACUAAAUAUUUUGGUGGCGCUCGUGCAGCAAUUACAAACAGUGGACAGACCCAGGACAGACAGUCACACAGUGGACAGAUCCAGGACAGACAAUCUCACAGUGGACAGACCCAGGACAGACGAGCACACAGUGGACAGAUCCAGGACGGACAAUCACACAGUGGACAGAUCCAGGACAGACAAGCACACAGUGGACAGAUCCAGGACAGACAAUCACACAGUGGACAGAUCCAGGACAGACAAUCACACAGUGGACAGACCCAGGACAGACAAUCACACAGUGGACAGACCCAGGACAGACAAUCACACAGUGGACAGAUCCAGGACAGACAAUCACACAGUGGACAGAUCCAGGACAGACAAUCACACAGUGGAUAGACCCAGGACAGACAAUCACACAGUGGACAGACCCAGGACAGACAAU